AGCUGGUCUCAUUUUACUAUUAAAUUAAGGCCUUAGACACAUUAUUCUAUGUUUGGUUAUUAUUUCAAUUAAUUAGUUAUUAUUUAGUUACGAUUUAUUAUUUUGCUCUCACUGAUGUAAUUGGUAAAGCAAUAGACAUGAAUAAAAUCUUGAAAUCCUCCAAUUGAUUUUAACACAGGCAGCCACGCUGAAUCGAGUGGACAGAAUCAUUUUCAGCAAGCGGGACUCAGGCUUUAUCACUGGAUCAUGGAUUGACCUUGCCUGAAAGCUUUACCAAAACUAUAUAUUAAGUAGGGUUUCAUUCCUGAAAACUUCUCUCAAAACCCUAACUCUAUUUUGUGUUUUUCUAACUUUCUUGGAGGCGCCUCUGCAGAUCUUUCUCUGCUUUUGCCUGCUAUCAAAAACCUUUUAUUCUAACGGAAGAUGCCACAUAGAACACGGCCCUUGACAGCACUAUUGGUGUUUACCGGACUCAAUGUUUUCAUGGUGUCAACUAUUACUCCAGUGUAUGAUUUUGUUUGCUUUCUACCUUACUGGGAAAGAAGGAGAGAGCGUCUCCGGCAGGAACGUGAAGCUGCUUUAACAAAGGGUUCUACAUAAACAAGGAUCUACCUUGUCAGAAUUCUAUAGCGAUGGGUUCUAAUUCAACGCUUAAACCUAUAAUGGUGUUGCCAGUCCUUUUUUCUUGAGCAUUCAGAGAAUAGAAGAAGCUAAGGAUCCUCGUUAUGUGUCUGAAUCCUUUUCUCCAUAGAGCAUGAAAUUUUUUAUGAUUAUAGAAUUCUUGCUCAAACACUGCGACAGAUUCUUGGGCAUUAGAAAACCAUUUUUUUGCCUUGUAAAAUUACCAGCUUUACGAGGGCUAUAGUAUAGUUCAGAAAAUACCUUUUGGAGUAUACAAAUUGGUGAUCCAGGAACUGCAUUGCAGCUGGGAAUUAAGUUCUGUGAGGAAGGUUCACAUUGCAUAAUGCUCUUAUAAGGUGAAGGGUUUCGUAAUGGUUCGGGUGGAGGGGUAAGAAAUCUGCAAAUACUAGGAAGAUCACAUUUCAAAACUAUGUUUGAGACUCGUGCCAAUGUGGAAUAGAAAGAGUAUCCAAAACAAAUAGGAGCAUUGGAUAGAAUGAGAAUAGAGCUAGUACAGGACUGAUGUGCACAUGCACAAAAUAACAAUCAAUAUAAUAGUACUGGUGUUUUGCUAAAUGAACUGAAGUGUUUUUGAAAAUAAUUUUCAAGAAUAUAAACUAAAUGACUUUAGGGUUUCUUUUA